UUAUUUCUUCCAGUCUCUGGAGAAUAUUCUUUGCUUUGUUUUCUUGCUUGUGCUUAUGUUGCUGGCGAGAACAAGGCUUUACUACUGUACACAUAUCUAUAGAAUAUCAUACGUGAUGGUGAAAUAUGAGUCUCAAUUUAGGAAAACAGGCAUAGAAGUUUAAAAGUGACCAUGUGACCAGCGUCAAAGUCAUCGGAAAUGGAGCAUCUUCUCUUUUUUAUUCCUCUGAGCUCAGUUGGCAAGAAUUCUUAAGACCUGAACUUAUUCUGAAACGUAUUUUUGUUGAACAUUUUUCUGCGCACUGUGCACAAUAGUAAUCGCAAAUUCGCAACGAGAAACAAAAUAAAAUUCAUAUGAAAAAGUAGCUCUCGCAACAAUGUUUCCGCGCACCGCAGAGCCAGAAACGAUAAAAUCUUAAAUCUUCAUGCGAGAAAGGUGUUUUAGAUGCUGAAGUAUAAAAAUUUCAAAAUUUUGCCGGAGUAGUUUUCAGAGCCCCCGAGAGUGGAAAAGGGAAGGCCUCUAAUUGUUAAAAUAUGGUAAUGUACAUAAUUUUUCUUGAAAAAUCAGAAUGUUGUUCACUAAAAGAUAUAUUGAAAUUCAUUUGUGGAAACACCGAUUUCCAAAUUAAAAGUCACGUGACUCAUGCUUGACUCAAGCGCGCCAAAAACAAACAGGGAAAGCAAAGGUCCAAAACCUUGUUUCACUUUCAAAUAUUUUAAAUUGUGUUUUGUCAUCACUUUCUGUGCACUAAUUUGUGUGCCUGGCAUCGAAGCUGUGCAUUGAACAUUUGAAGGUCCAAACCCUUUCAUUCCAAAUUGGAAAUUCCCGAGCUCAAUUUACUUAAGUUCACAAUGGCAGCAGAUAAAGUACGGUUUUAUUUAAGUAAAAGAUCAAGCGGUAAAUAUUAUUCUAUGGUGGUAGAAAGAAAUAAAUCAAUUUGGGAAGCUGUAGAGAAAAAAUUAGAUGGUGCCAACAAUACAAACACAAUCUUCUUGGCAGAAUUAAAAGAUAGCAGCCAUGACAAACAGAAAUGUUGGAUUCCAAUUCAACUACGCUGUGGUUAUAUCAAGACUAACAGUACUGUUGAGUGGGAAAAAAUCAGUCAAAUUGCUCAAACGCUACCUCAAGGUAUCCCAAAAACAAUGGAAGGUACAUUAUUUUUAGUCUCAGCCCAUGAGAAACGUCAUAACAAGUUUACUAUGAUAAAUGAUUAUGAUACGAAUGUUGGACGUUUCACUAACAUGUGUGUUGUUGCAAGCCCUGAUCAGACAUUUGUUCAGGCAUUUACUGAAGAUGGUCGUUUUAAGAGUGUUGAUGAUUUUCAACUGUCUAGGACAACUGAAAACUCUGCCUAUAUAGAUAUGAAUGAGAAGGUCAUAGACCACUUAGAAUCAAAAUAUGAGUUGCUUAAGAUAAGAGCUAAAAGCAAAAAGAAACGUGAUUCGUCAGAUAAUUCUACAAGUCAGCAACCUCAGUCAUCAAGUUCUAUUAAGUUGGAAGAUUCUUUAACACCCAAAUCAUCAAUGAAUUCCAACAGUACAACAAGUUACUCAUCAAUGGAUGUGGGAUAUUUGGAAAAGAUGCUUAAAGAUGGGAAAUGCUAUGAAUUUUCAGAAGAUUCAGAAAAAUUAACCCGAGAAGAAAGGUGUGCACAAAUGUACAAAUGUCAAAGAACUCUGGUAAGGUAUAAACUUCUUGGUCCCGAUCUUUUUUACCAGAAGAAGAUUCCAGAAGCAAAAUUAAAGGCUGUUCAAGUUAAGUUUUCCAAUAAAAAUGUUAUAACUCGACCAGUAGAUUUCUCUAAGAAUAUUUGUAAAUUAUAUGAUUCUGUGGGUUAUUUGAAGUAUGGUGACUCUGUCCAAGCAACUUGCUUUCUUGUUAGUCAAAAAAUUGUUGCCACAAAUUAUCAUGUGGCUAAAGAUAUACAGGAUGCUCUAACUUCAUCCUUGCCUGGCAAUGAACCAAAUUCCAAGGUUUCCGUCAUCUUUAAUUAUGAAAAAGCCAAUGUUUCUUUUGAUGUUCAUAAGUCUUAUGAAAUAAAAACACCAUUUAACUUAGCCAUGGACGAAAGUCUUGAUUUUGCUUUUCUUCAACUCAAACAACCUGUGAAAGUUAUGCCUCUUGGUGAGUAUGUUAGAUGUAACGUGCCGUCCAACGGUAUAGUCUCCAUUGUUGGUCAUCCUAAUGGUCAAAGAAAGCAAGAGGAAUUGUGUUCUAUUUUAUCUUGUGACGACCUUCAAAAUCGUGGCAGGGAGUGUGGCUUACAUUAUGUCAAUGGUGAAUUAGACGUGAUUGAUUUCCUAAAGCGUGCCGAGAAUGGUGAAAUUUUGCCGUAUGAUGUUGGUAAAAUGUUUAAUGGAUCUAGUGGCUCACCCAUAUUUGAUAUGAAUUGUCAUGUAAUUGGUAUACAUACUGGAGAUUUCCCUAUAAACAACUCUAAAAUAGAGUAUGGAACUACGUUUGGAGCAAUCAUCGAACGUCUCAAGUCCUUCCAAGAAGGUAAAAAAUUUAUCAAAGAAAUGUUUCCCAAGUGCGAUCAAAUCAGCUACCCUGAUGUUAAAAAGGAACAAACUGAAUCGGAAGACAUGGAAGUUGAUUAAACUGUUUCUUUCUAAACUAUUUGCAUGUAACUAGAAACAAAUGAUAGAUAAGUUUUAAAACAGGUAGUCUGGAAAUUGUUUCAGGUGAUUAAUUUGUACAUUUUUACUCUAACAGGAAGGAGUUUUUCAUGACAAUGUUUAAUUUUAAUUUUUCAGUUAUACAACUGAAGACAUAGCUGUAAAUGUCGAAUUUUUAUAGAUCAUAAUAAUGUCCUAUAAUCACUGAAAUAGAAUAUACUCAUAGAAUACACUGGGAAAAGUUCUGACGUGCAUGUAAACGUGGUAAUAAAAGUAUAAAACUAGUA